CUGGGUUCUUCCUGUCCUUUCGUGUUGUUUACAUUGGAGAUUUUGGCCCCCCUCCCUUAUCAUUGAAUAUUGUUGCGUACUUUGAUUACGUACAAAUUGGUUAAAGAACAACUGCUUGAAAGACAUUUAAGAUGGCAAUGGUGCCAUCCCUGAAAAGCGUUUCAACUUUAGCAAGUAGUCAUGUGUUACUAGAUUUUGUAGAAGAAACAAACCCUAAAUUUACAGAAUAUCUGUUGACACUGUUAGAAGAUGGAGUAUUUUCUGCUGUUGCAGAGGAUUUGUUGAUUAUCUUGUUGCAGUUUUAUUCAGAAAAAGUAACUGAUAGAAUACUGAAAGCUGUUGUGCCAUGUCAUUUGAGGGAGCUUAAAGUAGAUAAAUGCUUGCCACAGUUGACCUUCUUUGGAUUGACUGAAGUCAUAAAAAAAUGUCCGCAUUUACAGAAGAUUUCUUUAAAGGAAUGUGAUCAGUUGAUGUCCCCUGGACAGUUUGUGUUAUGGAGGAGAUUGGGAGUUAGUAUUACAGCUCUAUGUUUAGAAUCUUGUCAUAAUGUGUCAGACCAAGUUGUUAAAAGUGCUCUACGACAUAUACCAACAUUACAACAUUUGAAUGUUUCUAGUUGUGACAGCCUAACAGAAACCGUAUUCCUUCUAAAUGAGGAGCUCCAGAAAGAACGAGAGUUCACACCAUCACAUGAUACAAGCCAUCAUUAUGAGUGUUCAUUGAUAAGCGUUGAUGUGUCUGGUUGUCGAGGAAUUACAGCUACAGCAGUCCGACAUCUGACAUCACUUACUGGACCUACUCUAAAGAAUGUCAACUUAUCAUGGACAUCUAUUAACCUGAUAGCUAUAUUGAGUUUGGCAGGGUAUUCAUUACCUGCCAUGAUAGAACUUGUUUUGUCAUUCUACAACAAAGCUGAAGGUCCAAAGGAUCCAAAGAAUGAUGAACUAUAUAAAUGUUUACUGGAAUUCAAAACUACAUUAGAAAAGGUAGAUCAACAACAGGAAAAGAAAGAAACUGAUCAUGUGACAAAUGGAGGCAAAGAUGCUUCAGCAGUAGAUGGAGCUGUUGAUAUAAGAAGUGACUUGCAAUUACCGGAAAAUAAUGCAAGAACUGAUUUAGAUGAAGAAGUUAUAUUGUCAACUAGAGAAUAUGAAUCAAUAGGUUUAGCAGGAAUAAAAACAUACUCAUUGGAUAAUCAUAGAUCUGCUGAUUAUCAAAAUCCUGAGAAUACUUCGAAUGACCUUUAUAAAACAGUAGUAAAUUCUUCAACUUCUUCUGAAGCUCAGGACUUUUUUGACUCUAAUAUACAAAAUAUUAAAGAAACAUGUUUUUCAAAUCAAGAAUCAACUGACAGCAGUGCCAAAGAUUUAAUGAACCAAUUAGAAUUUUCUGAAGCAUCAGAUUGUGUUCACCCUGAUAAUGUUGAAAUAGAUUUUGUUGAAGCUCCUGAGGAUCUUGAGUCUGAUGCAACAAAUUUUAGUAAAACCACAGUUAUAGAUAUAUGUUUUAUAAAUGAAUCAGUAAACAAUGUAGAUACUUGUUGCCAUGGUUGUUGUGGAAUUGGAAUUCAUGAUGGUGCUAACUUCCAAUGUCAAACAGAUGAUGUGUGUGUGUCAAAUUCAAAUAUGUUUAUGAAAACAGGUUCAGAAGAUCUUGGUGCUACAUCUAUAAAUUUUGAUCAAAGCAAAACAAUUCCAGAAAAUACAUGUAUUGAUAUGUUAAGCAAUAAAACAGACAGCAUUCACAUUUCUGAUUCUGAUCUCAAAUCAAAUGAAACUAUCUUUCAAUUAAGUGAACACAAUAAUGCAAAGUAUGGUACCAGAAAAGAUUUUACAUGCCAAAAAUGUGAACAAUUAAGACAUGCCUGUGAUAGCAGUUCUGUACACUGCAAUGGACAUUUAGCAAUAAGUGAAAGUGAGGGAACCAUAAGUGAUCAUAAAAAUUGUACGGUAGAUGAAAAUAGUGAAGGACAAAUAUGUAAUCAUGCAAAAGGAAAAUUAAGGGUAGACAUUCAAGCUAUACCAUUUAGUGGUUGUGUAGAAAAUUUAACAUUAAACAAUGACUGUGCUCUCAAAAGCUGUGAUAUAGAUGUUCAUGAUGGAAAUGACAUGUGUUUACAAAAUAUUGAUGACAAAGGCAGCAAACCAUCUGAUGAAAAUGCCAAAAUGAAAGAAGAAGAAAAUAUUGAUGACAAAGGCAUCAAACUAUCAGAUGACAAUCUGAAUUUCAAACAAAAUAAAAAUGUUGAUGACAAGGACAAAAAACUUUUAGAUGACAAUCUGAAAUUCAAAGAAAAUGGAGAUGUGGAGGAAGACAGCAGGAAUUCAGAGGAGAAUCAGACAGAUCAAUCCAAUACACCAAAAGUCAAUAGAGAGAUAAUAAAACAGACAUACCAGCCACAACUAGUUUCCGUGGAUGUUACCAACAAGUUCACGUCAGUCUAUGAAUCAGUUGGAUUUGACUGUUUAAAAGAAUUUUUACAAUGCUCUCCAAACUUACAGAAGUUUGGAAUGUCCUGGGCUGGACUGACAGAUGAAAUGGUUAAGGACUUGACUCCAUUUCUAAAAGACCUGAAGGAGAUUAGUCUAACUGAUUGUGAAUCUGUGACUUAUGGUAUCUCUCAUAUUGGGCAGACAUGUCAGAAGCUGAAGAAAGUUGACUUUAAUGGGAUUCAUUUUAUAAAAGACCUGUUCCUCAGACCAUUCCUGCUAGGUCCAGAACUACAAUAUCUAUACUUGGCAGAAUCUGACAUUUCAGAUGGUACAUUAUUUAGAUUAGCUGCCAGGAAAAUGGAUAAGUUUGAGGAAUUAGAUUUAUCUUGGUGUGAUGAGGUAACAGUCCAAGGACUGAACGCAUUAUGUAGAAAGCCGAGUCCUCUGAAGAAGUUGUCUUUCAGACAUUGUCCUGCUUCAACCAUGACCUUGGCCUUGAUGGCAGAAAACUUUAAACAGCUACAAAAUCUAAAUAUCUGUAGUGUAGAUAGUAUAACUGAUGCAUCUGUCGUUUAUCUGGCUGAAAAUUUACCUCUUCUUCAGGAAAUCGAUGCAAGCUGGAAUUCAGGUUUGUCAGAUGUCAGUGUUAAAGCUCUGCUGAGAUCCUGUAUCUACUUAAAGAAAGCUGUGCUGUCUGGGAUAAAGUUUCUGACAUCAGCACCAUAUUUACCCAUUAUAUCAGACUUACAAAAGUUCAGAAGAUGUCAAGCUCUAUUGAGAUUUAAACUGCAAGAAAGAAAAAUGAUUACUGAAAAUGGAGAUGAACAUUACUCAAGUGAUGAAGAAUAUGAAGAACUUUGUGUUCCCUAUAGAUCAACGACAUAUGCAGCAAAUCUACAGAUCUUAGAGUUGGAAUACUGUGAUUGUGUAGAUGACAACCAUUUAGCAGAGAUUGUGGCUGUUUGUCGAGGGUCACUGCAUAUUGUGGACUAUUUUAGUGAAGCUAUUAAACCUGUGAUGAUACAUGCUCAAAAAGGCAAAAUUUGCCUCCCUCCACAUUUCAAAAACAGUUAAAUUUUUGAUAAAUGAACUACGGAUGUCUUAUUUAUAUAUUGGAAACUCUAAGUCUGUGAUAUCCAUGCUCAAAAUAGAUUUGAUUAUUUUUUUUGAACAUAUAUAAGUUUUACAAGUAUAUCAUGAAACUUAAUGAUUAAAGAUUGUAAUGAACUUUC